UAUACUCCUUCCUCUGCAGAAGCCAGGCAGAGGUAAGCAGCAAGCUGUGAAAUUCAAAAGGGAUUCUCUUCUCUGCGGAUGCUUUAGUCACGGAGUUGCUAUGUUACAGCAGAGCCAGAGAAGUGGGCGUGUCCUGCAGGAAAAUCAUCUGCAGCUGUUCUCACUUUUCCUGACUCACAGCUCUUGGAUUUCUGGGGAAGGUGAUUGUGGUCUGCCUCUCUCCUCUCAGCCUCCUGCAGUGGCCACGGCCAAGCCUGGGAUCUCCUCUGUUAGACACAGUCCAUCCUCCAGCUGAGCUGCUUUGGGAAACACAGUGUCAACAUGGUGCGUUCUAGUGGCUUACUCACAGGUGCAAAGGACCCAGUGGCACUGAAGAGCAUUGCUGUGACUGUGUCCAUCAAUGAUUUUGUGGCUGGUGUGUCUGCAACCUUAAAUUAUGAGAAUGAGGAGAAAGUCCCCUUGGAGGCCUUCUUUGUGUUUCCCAUGGAUGAAGAUUCUGCUGUUCACAGCUUUGAGGCCUUGGUGGAUGGGAAGAAAAUUGUGGCAGAGUUGCAGGACAAGUACCAGGCCCACCAAGAGUAUGAAGAGGCCCUCUCUGGGGGAUUUCAGGCUUACUUAUUAGAAGAAGAUAAGUGCUCCAGGGAUGUCUUCCGUUGCAACGUGGGAAACCUGCAGCCAGGGUCAAAGGUGGCACUCACCCUGAAAUAUGUGCAAGAGCUUCCUCUGGAAGAUGAUGGGGCCCUGCGUUAUGUGCUGCCAGCAAUCCUGAAUCCUAGAUACCAUCUCUCUGAUCAAUCUGUGGACAGUUGCCUGGAUCUGAAGACCCCAAUAGUCCCUUUGGAGGACCUGCCCUACACACUCAGCAUGGUUGCCACCAUCAGCUCCCAGCUUGGUAUCAGGACAAUCCAAUGCAACUGUCCCUUGAGUUCCAUUGACUACAUUGGAGAGAGCAAGACCUCUGCUCAGAUUACCUUGGCUGAAGGACACAAGUUUGACCGGGAUGUGGAACUCCUGAUUUUCUACAGGAAGGUCCACAGCCCCAGUGUAGCUGUGGAGAUGGGGAUGCCUGAAAGAGAAUCAGAUACUCUAAUGGGAGCACCUUCUGCAAUGGUGAGUUUCUAUCCAGAUAUACCAGAAGUGGAGACUUCAACAAAAUGUGGAGAAUUUGUGUUCCUUAUGGACCGUUCAGGAAGUAUGAAGAGCCCGAUGAGUGGCCAGAACAGGUCUCAACUGAGAAUAGAUGCUGCCAAGGAAACACUGAUUCUGCUACUGAAGAGUUUGCCUUUGGGCUGCUAUUUCAACAUCUAUGGAUUUGGAUCCACUCAUGAGGCAUUUUUUCCGAAGAGUGUGAAAUACACUCAGGAAUCCAUGGAGAAAGCAGUGGAGAAAGUAAAGCUUAUGUUGGCAGAUCUAGGAGGGACAGAAAUUUUAACACCACUACGGAAAGUUUUUAGGAAAACCCCCAUUCCAGGGCAUCCCUUACAGGUCUUUGUCUUCACAGAUGGAGAAGUUGCUGAAACUUUUAAUGUAAUCAAGGAAGCUAAGUUCCACAGCAAAAGGCACAGAUGCUUCACAUUUGGCAUUGGAGAAGGGGCCUCUACCAGCUUAAUAAAGAACCUUGCUCGGGUGUCAGGGGGAACUGCAGAGUUUAUCACAGGCAACGACAGGAUGCAGUCCAAGGCGCUUAGGUCCCUGAGACGUUCUUUACAGUCUGUAGUAGAGGAUAUCUCUCUGAGCUGGGAUUUGCCUCCUGGGCUGUUUGUACACAUGCUAUCUCCAGAGCAAACUGUUGUCUUUAGAGGUCAAAGGUUAAUCACCUAUAGCCUGCUGACUGGACAGAUACCGCAAGACGAGGCUACAGGUGAAGCGUGUCUCAAAUACACCCUUCAUGGCAAAAGUUAUGAGGAAAAGGUGACAUUUUCUCUACAACCCCAGCCUGAUGACAACCUCACCAUUCAUCGUCUUGCUGCAAAGUCCAUGAUCCAGGCCAGAGACUUUGGCUACAGGGAGACAACGCUAAUCUAUAAGAGAGAUGUGCUGGACAUCAGCUUAGAGUCUGGGGUCAUGAGCUCCUUCACAGCUUUUGUUGCCAUCAACAAGGAGCUCAAUGAGCCUGUCCAGGGGCCCCUGUUUCAUAGAGAUAUUCCAAGGCCAAUUCUCUUCUGUGGUUCCUCCAUGAGGCCAAGAAGUUAUUCUAAUGGUCUCCCCCUACUUCUACCCUGUGCCAGUACUCCCGUAGCCCAGCCUCCAAGGAGUGCAGGCCCCGGGUACUGCGCACUCACAGCGCGCAUGCCAGACGGCACACCCCAACAGCCUCGUUACAGCCAGACGACAAAAUGCGUGAUUCACACAGAUACUCACCCUGAGCCGCCCAACAUACACAGAUCGCCUACUCAUGAACAAGGGAGCAUGGAGCAUACUGUUGCACAGCUGAUCCUUCUCCAAAAUGCAGAUGGUUCCUGGGAUAUGAAUGAGGAUUUGGCUAAGGUUCUAGGUACUAGUUUGGAAGACAUAAAGGCUGCACACCCUACUGAGGUGGUGGAACCCUCAGCUUGGGCCACAAUGCUGGCUGUGAUCUGGCUGCAUGGCAAUGGCAAAGAAUUGAAGGAUGAGUGGGGACUUCUAGAAAGAAAGGCUGUGGUGUGGCUUCACAACAAUGCAGCCCGUGGCUUCACCAAGCAUGUGCGUACUGCCAAUAAACUCUUGAAGACAUCUGUGAGUUCCUCGAUCUUUACUUUUAAAGGCUGAUACCCAGGAGAAAGAAGUCUUUUUUUUUUCUGCCUCCUGCUAAGUCCUUCACCUUCUCUUCUGCUGAGAUGGAUUUUUGUCUUGAGUACCUUAUGACCUGUAUUCCACUAUAAAAGUGAAGGGUAAUCACACUACUUUGACUACCCAGCUCCCACUGGAUACAAGUUUCAGUGUCUGUGUAUCCCCUCUGACAAGUGAUGGUAACCAUAGAAACUAUCUCCUAUAUUGGAGUAGUACAAAACAUUUGCAUGCAGUAAUGUUUCUCUCAGCUUUUAAAAACAGAUUACACUCCGGUAGGUAAUGCCUGGAUUAGAGAAUUGUCUUUACCCCUUCUCACUCUCCUGCCAUUUUACAUACUUAUCAUUUACACAUUAUAUACUCAAAGAUGAUUUGAAAUUUCCCAUUCUUGGAAGAAGUUGGAGGUAAAUUGAAAGCCAGCUUCAGGGGCAAUGUAACUUCAAGAUCACAGAGCCUCAAGGUUUCGUGUUGUCUAUUGUUACUGUUGGGAAUAUUCUUUAUGCCCCUACUGUCAGUCUAUGCUCCAUUCCUUCUUUUUCCUGCCUAUGUGAUUUGAGUUGAGUCAUAUUUGUGAAUAGACAUCCAUUCUUAACCAUUAAUCAUCCGGUAAUAGGUUGAUAAUGAAAUCCUUAGAACUAGCAUUAACCCACUAGGCCUAUGAGUCUGGUUGUGGCCUGGUUUACUCAGAAUUAAUGUAGGUUGUGCUGUGCUGAUACCUGAGUGUUUUUUUUUUUUCUAGUGCAUGAAGAACAGGGUUCCCAUGAUCACUCGAACACUAACUUUUCACAUACCUUAUCCUAGAAAAUGUCCUUAUUCCCCCAGAUUACUGUUUUACCAAUAUUAAAGUGUCUAUUUGUACUAUGA